UUGCACACUGGCCCGCCUCACUCAGUUGAUGUAGCUGCUUCGUGCAGUCUCAGAGGCCGACCCGCUCGCAGCGACACCCUGCCCCUUGCCUUCUUUGGUGCUCUCUUAAGCAAACCGCCUUUACCGAGGGCGAAUCUUCAACUCCCUAGAAACACUAAAGCCGGCAUCUUCCGGGAGCCGCCCUCGUUCCGUGACCUCAGGCGUACACUUCCGGGGACGCGGACGUGACCCGUCGCCCCGCCCACUCCCGCUCUCUUUUUCCGGUAGCGGAGUCUGGAGAAGACACGCAGAAAUGGCACCUCGCAAGGGGAAGGAAAAGAAGGAAGAACAGGUCAUCAGCCUUGGACCUCAGGUAGCUGAAGGAGAAAAUGUGUUUGGUGUCUGCCACAUCUUUGCAUCCUUCAAUGACACUUUUGUCCAUGUCACCGAUCUUUCUGGCAAGGAAACCAUCUGUCGCGUGACUGGUGGAAUGAAGGUGAAGGCUGACCGAGAUGAGUCCUCUCCCUAUGCUGCCAUGUUGGCUGCCCAGGAUGUAGCCCAGAGGUGCAAGGAGCUGGGCAUCACUGCCCUCCACAUCAAACUACGAGCCACAGGAGGAAAUAGAACCAAGACCCCUGGACCUGGGGCCCAGUCAGCCCUCAGAGCCCUUGCCCGCUCAGGAAUGAAGAUCGGGCGGAUUGAGGAUGUCACCCCCAUCCCCUCUGAUAGCACCCGCAGGAAGGGGGGUCGCCGUGGUCGCCGUCUGUGAACAGGAUUCCUCAAAUUACUGUUUUCUGUUAAUAAAUUGGCUUUGUGUGAGCUA